UUUGGUUGACUUUAGGGUUAUCCAUCCUUUUGAACGCGAAAAAGAGAGACCAUACAAAUUUUUGAAGGGAACAUAUCAUUCAACUAGUAAUAUUCUUCAAUCCUUCUAUUCCACAAAGAUGUUGAAAUGAAGAUUGUAAUGAAAACUUGAUGAAAUACAAAUUGAUUAGAAAAAUUACCUCAACCAACAGCGCGUGAGCUAGAUCCGGUCUUAUUUUAUUAAGUCUGCGGUGUACCAAAGCCUUGUUGCCUAGUUGGAGCUUGUCAUUGUUGAAAAUCUUCAUGUGCCACACCAACUCCUUCAAGAUCUUUCUUUGCUUAAUUUCCUACCAUUUGUUGUGCACAUUUUAAUUUACUUUAUAUCUCAAGGCUUAGACUAAAAUAACUUGAGCAGUAAACAUGCAUCUUCCAUGGCUUCUCCUCUUGCUCUUAAUGAGUGCAACCCCCUUGGUAGUCACCAACGCUUUGAUAACACCAAAAACCAUGAUCACAGCCGCAAACACAACCAAACCCGGUUGCCAGCAGAAAUGUGGUAACCUGACCAUCCCAUACCCCUUCGGUAUUGGUAGCGAUUGUUUCCUUCAAGGCUGGUUUGGUAUCAUAUGCAACACCUCUUACAACCCUCCUAAAGCGAUCCCUGUUAUACCAUUUGGUUCAAGAAGGCAUACAGACAUAUUGGAUAUAACCGAGACCCAGAUAAUUAUCUGGAAUACUGAGGUAACUUCACGUUGCUUCGAUCCACAAGAGAAUGUGAGCUCUGAGGUUUCAGGGUUCUUAGAUAUGUGGGAUUCUCCCUAUACUGUAUCAACAGCAAACAAGCUCACAGUCAUUGGCUGUGACGAGUAUGCACUGAUUGAUGGUUCUGGAGAGAAUUCACUCUAUGAAAAGGGUGGUUGCAUUGCUUUGUGCAAUUCAGAAGGGGUGACCAAAGGUUCUUGUUUGGGGUCAGGUUGCUGUCAGACGUCUGUGUUAACUGGCUGGCAAGGGUUCAAUAUUAAGCUCUUUAGCUUGGAAAACCGCCGUUCAUUUACUAAUCAGUCAACUUGUAGCUAUGCUUUCUUUGCUCGAAAUGGAAGCUUUGUAUUUGGUGGAGCUUCAGACAUGACAAAUACUAGUGUUGUUCAAAACAGAAUCCUACAGCAAGCCCCUAUUGUGCUUGAUUGGAUUGUAGAACUUAAGACUUCGUGCAAAGAGGCACAAAAAAACAAUUCGACUGCUACACCAUAUCUUUGUCAGUCCAAUACUGAAUGCAUAGAUACAGAUCUGGGAGGAUAUCGCUGCAGCUGCCUCCCUGGCUAUGAGGGAAAUCCUUAUCUUCAAUCCAGUUGCAAAGACAUCAACGAGUGUGCUGCUGGUCCAAAUAAUCCAUGUACCACGGCCUGUGUUAACACUCCAGGGAGUUACAGAUGCUUUUGUCCCAGAGGAUAUUCUGGCGACGGAUUAAAAUCUGGGAUUGGCUGCAUAAAGAAUUUAGACAAAAGCUCAUCCUCCCUCAAGAAAAUCACUCUAGGAUUAGGAAUAUCCUUGGGAACAGUAAUUUUGCUCCUUAUUGGUUGGUGGUUUUCUUCUGUUAUCAAAAGGAGAAGGAUCAUCAAGCAAAAGGCUGUAUACUUCGAGCGGAAUGGCGGGUUGCUGUUAAAACAGCAGAUGGCUACUGAUGAAAGUGUAGUAGCAAGACUAAAGAUUUUUACUUCUGACGAAUUAGAAAGAGCAACAGACCAGUUUAAUGAAGACAGGAUAGUUGGACAAGGAGGUCAAGGAACAGUUUACAAAGGAAUGUUGAGUGAAGGAAAAAUUGUUGCUAUAAAGAAGGCUAAAGUGGUUGAUGAAAGUCAGUUAGGAGGUUUUAUCAAUGAAGUGGUUAUAUCAUCACAAGUAAACCACAGGAAUAUAGUGAAGUUACUAGGAUGUUGUUUGGAAACUGAAGUUCCGAUAUUAGUUUAUGAGUUUAUUCCAAAUGGAACUCUCUAUCAUCAUAUCCAUAACCCAAGUGAAGAGUUUCCUAUCACUUGGAGAAUGCGAUUGCAGAUUGCUUCUGAUUCUGCAGGAGCACUUGCUUACUUGCAUUCAUCGUCUUCUAUUCCUAUCCUUCAUAGAGACAUCAAAUCCUCCAACAUACUCUUGGAUGAUAAAUACAGGGGGAAGCUGUCAGAUUUUGGGACUUCAAUGUCGAUUGCUAUUGAUCAAACCCAUGUAACCACUCGUGUCAUGGGAACCUUUGGUUAUUUAGAUCCAGAGUACUUUCAAUCAAGUCAAUUCACUGAAAAGAGUGACGUUUACAGCUUUGGAGUAGUCCUCGUCGAGCUUUUAACAGGACAAAAAGCAAUACGUGCCACGAAAGAAGAAGAUAGAAGCUUGACAUCUUGGUUCCUUUCCCAUAUGAAUGAUACUCGUUUGCUCGAUAUUAUCGAUUCUCAAGUCUUACAAGAGGGUUCAGAGCAAGAGUUGCAUAUUAUUGCUAAUCUCGCAAGGCAGUGUUUAAACUUGGAUGGAAAGAAAAGACCAACCAUGAAAGAAGUUCUAAUAGAGAUAGAGGGAGUAAUGUCACUUCGUAUCCCAGAAAGAAAUCGAAAGAAUGGCCUAGAAACCGAGCACAAUGGAACAGCUAAACAUACUUGUGAUGGGAUUUUAAGUUCUAGCUCGUUUUACACAGAGAAUAGCUCUUUAGAUUCUGCUGAAAUGUCACUGUUAUUCAAUCCCAGAUAAUUUACAUCUCUAGUAGAUGAUGGAAUAGUCCUUCAGUUAGUCUAGAAGUCAAGGGGAAAAACUAUAGACUGGGAAAAUCUGGAAAACAGUUGAAAAGAUUAUAACUGAAAAGAUCUACGUAAUUAACUAUUGUUUAUCUUCAUUUCUAGCUUAGAAAUUCUAGUCUCAUACUAAAUGAAAUGAACUCUUAAUUAAAGUGUUGUCUAAUUAUUUACCAUCUUUACCCCAUGUGAAAUGACCAUAACAUCUCUGUGAACGAGUCUGUGCAGUGUGAACUGUAUUGGGUUAAGCCUACCUUAUUAGCAGAGUAGCAGCAACUCCAGCAAGUACUCCGUAUGAAAAUAAAACGAGUUAUCAUACCUAGACAAUCGCCGCUAUCUAGCUAUCCCCCCUCUCAAGCCAGUAUAGGUUCAGGAUCAAAAAUCUGAGUACUAAACUUUAUUUUUCUUAUAAAACUGUUGAUACUCAUUGAUACAUAUCUAGUAUAAGGCUAGAAUGAAAGUCCUAAUUGAA